CGCUCGCAGUUGUCGAGGGCGCGCGAGGCGGCGCGACGGGAGCGAGGGGUCUCGCCAGCCGCCGCCCGCGAUGGCGCAGCAGGGCGCGGAACUGGCGCGGUCGCCGUCCGCGGGCUCCGUGGCCAGCGCGGCGCCCGAGGGCGCGGCGGCGCACGGCGUGGGCGACGAGGUGGAAGUCGACGGCGUUGACAGCAUCUCCCAGACCAGAGCCUACUCUGCCGCGUCACGGCCAGCAAAAGCCGCAGAAGGUCCCACAGUUCCGCCAAGCCGUCGCUAUGACCCUCGCCACUGCGAGAAGUUGUACGGCGAGCACACGAAGCGGAUAGAGAAGAGAGACCAGCUGGUGGCCGAGAAGAGGCGGGAGUCGGAGAUGCGGCACCGCACCCUAGUGAAGGAUUUCAAGCUCGACCAGGCAUUAUCGAAGGAGGCGUUCGCAUUUCCCAGUGACCCACCCUCUUUCCGUGACCUUCGGCGGGUCCCGAUAUAUAGGAGUUCAACCAAAAGGUUCACGCGGUUUCACUGGUUGCACGCGGGCCUGUGGCCGCUUCCUCGCCCAGCAUUGCCCAAUUCUGCAGGCCGCCAUGGAUUUCUUUGGCCCGCCUGAGGUUUGCACAAUGUCUUCGGCGAGGUGUGGUCUCUCAGAGGCCGCCCGAGUUCAUCCAGUGUCUGGCGCGUGCUUCGCACCCAUAUGUAUAGCACUGCUAUGUCUCAUCCGUGCUCGCGGGCCUUCCGAGCGCGUGGAUUUAGCGAUUGCGAGUAUAUCAGCUGUUAGCAGGCUAGGAUGCGGGGACUGUUCCUACCAGUGGUUGCGUGCUGUGCCGUACUGUGGCUCCCUGAUUGCGGUGGUGUGAUGCCCGUUUAUAUGAAGGGCCAUUCGGUCAUAUGGGGAUGCGCACGCGCCACGGUUUAAUGCAUCCGCAUUGGCCCAGAUGUUUUGUUCUUGUGUGACUGUAGAAGGGGUGAUGGCAGCCAGAAAGCACUGUAGAGGAAGCGUCUUGUCGGCAUAGCAUCGGCAUGAUCCCGCCAGCUUUCUGUUACCAUUUGUCCCCCCUCCGCGUGCCGCCAGCUUUCUGUUACUAUUUGUCCCCCCCCCCCUCCCCUCCGCCCCUGCUCCCUCCUCGUCCUCGUCCUUCUCCCCCUUCCUCCCUGGAUGUGGUGACGUUUACCCAGCCGGCCAAUUUACAGCCCUGUCGCGAGCGAGUCAUGUGUUGGUGCGGUUAUAGCCCCCUUGAGGGGAAGCGGAUUUGACGCUCAAUCGGAAUUGUCUGGCCUCUGGACGGGCAUCGGGUGAUGGGUUCGUUG